AUGUCCUCCUACGCUCUCUCUGAGGCCCACAAGGCCCAAAUGCACGUUAGUCUCAAGGAAAGUGAUCCUGAGAUCGCCAAGAUCAUGGAGCUCGAGAUCCAGCGUCAGCGCGAGUCUGUCGUCUUGAUUGCCUCGGAGAACUUCACCUCCCGCGCUGUCUUCGAUGCUCUGGGUUCCCCCAUGUGUAACAAGUACUCGGAGGGCUACCCCGGUGCUCGCUACUACGGUGGCAACCAGCACAUUGAUGCCAUUGAGAUCACCUGUCAGCAGCGUGCCCUGAAGGCCUUCAACCUUGACCCCGCCAAGUGGGGUGUCAACGUUCAGUGCCUUUCUGGCUCUCCUGCCAACCUGCAGGUCUACCAGGCCUUGAUGCGUCCCCACGACCGCCUGAUGGGUCUUGAUCUCCCCCACGGUGGUCACUUGUCCCACGGCUACGCUACCCCCGCCAAGAAGAUCUCCGCUGUCUCUACCUACUUCGAGAGUUUCCCCUACCGCGUCAACCUUGAGACUGGUAUCAUCGACUACGACCAGCUCGAGACCAAUGCCGAGAUGUACCGCCCCAAGAUCCUGGUCGCCGGUACUUCCGCCUACUGCCGUCUCAUUGACUACAAGCGCAUGCGUCAGAUUGCUGACAAGGUCGGUGCUUACCUUGUUGUCGACAUGGCUCACAUUUCUGGUCUGAUCGCCGCUGGCGUCAUCCCCUCUCCCUUCGAGUACGCCGAUGUUGUUACCACCACCACCCACAAGUCCCUUCGUGGUCCCCGUGGAGCCAUGAUCUUCUUCCGCAAGGGUGUCCGUGGCCAGGACAAGGCUGGCAAGGACAUCAUGUACGAUCUGGAGGGUCCCAUCAACUUUUCCGUCUUCCCCGGUCACCAGGGAGGUCCCCACAACCACACCAUCACCGCUCUGGCUGUUGCCCUCAAGCAGGCCGACACCCCUGAGUUCAAGCAGUACCAGGAGCAGGUCAUCAAGAACGCCAAGGCUCUUGAGAACGAGUUCAAGGCCCUGGGUCACAAGCUUGUGUCUGACGGCACUGACAGCCACAUGGUCCUCGUUGACCUCCGCGGCAAGGUUGAUGGCGCUCGUGUUGAGGCUGUCCUCGAGCAGAUCAACAUUGCUUGCAACAAGAACUCUGUCCCCGGUGACAAGUCUGCCCUGACCCCCGGUGGUAUCCGUAUUGGUGCUCCCGCCAUGACCUCCCGUGGUAUGGGCGAGGAGGACUUCAAGCGCAUUGCCCGCUACGUCGACCAGGCCGUCAACAUCUGCAAGACUGUCCAGGCUGAGCUCCCCAAGGAGGCCAACAAGCAGAAGGACUUCAAGGCCAAGGUUGCUUCCGGCACCGUCCCUGAGAUCCUGGCUCUCCGUGAGGAGGUUUCCGGCUGGGCCAGCUCUUUCCCCCUCCCGGUUUAA